GGUGGGCAGAGAAGGAGUGAAAAUAGUGAAAGGUCAGGAAAGGACAAAGAAAGGAUUUAUGUCCUGAGAAGUGGGAAAAGAGGUGGUGCUCAGGAAAAGAAGGUUGCAGCAGAAGCUGCACAUCCAGAAGAAGGCAGAUAUGAGGAAUAAAACUAGAGUUAUGAAUUCAAGAGACGAAAAAGAGGAGAAAGAGAAAGACUGGAGCAGAGAGUCCAUAGCACUGCAGGCAUGAGUACAGAUGAUGUUCACGUGUUGAUUUGAAACAUCACAUAGUUUACCACAGUCUUUUAGUAUGACUUUAUUUACAGAUGCACGUUGAACAGGAUAUAGCAGGCAGACAUCCAAGCAGCUGUUCACCAAACAAAAAGCAAGCAGCCCCUCUCUGAUUUCUUUCUCCAAAAUGUCUUGGGAUCCUCUACAUAGUGAUGAUUCACGGCACUCCAGGUUACAAAGAGCUUCAAGCCUCACUUCCAGCAGCCAGAAGGGCUAUGAGACACCAGAACUGGGAGAGCUCCAGCGCAUGCUGUGGACACCCAUACCUUGCCAUGCCAAUGUCAAUGAAGUCUGGCCUAACCUCUACAUUGGAGAUCUCUAUGUCGCCCGUGACAUAGAGAAGCUUCGGCGAAUGGGGAUCACCCAUAUUGUGAAUGCUGCUGCUGGAAGGUUUCACAUUAACACAGGAGCCAAAUUUUACAAAGACCUGCCAGUGGACUACUAUGGAGUUGAAGCAGAUGAUGAUCCAAAGUUUGACCUCAGCAUCUACUUUCAUCCAACCGCUAAAUAUAUUCGAGCAGCACUGCACUCACCCAAAGGCAAAGUAUUAGUCCACUGCGCCAUGGGCAUAAGUCGCUCAGCAACUCUUGUGCUUGCAUUCUUGAUGAUCUGUGAAAACAAGACCCUCGUGGAUGCCCUAAAGACUGUGCGGGAACACAGAGGGAUCUGUCCCAACACUGGUUUCAUCAGCCAGCUUCGAGAUCUGGAUAUCCGACUAACAAGUGAAAGGGGGAGAGCAAGAGCUGAUCCUUUGAAACUUUAGUUGAAGGAUAUAUAUGCUGCAAUUCAAGUUUAAGAAAAAAGACAGGAAGACAACAUCUCAUGGGAGUAUCUGAACUCUGGCUCUGUGUGCUAGUAAACGUUUCUGGGUAGCAAAAUGAAAAAUA